AGGAAGAGAUGGAGGCGGCGGCCGGGAACAGCCCGCCUCAGCCUCUCCCCUGCGAGGCUGUGACCCAAGAGGGAUUCCCGGCCACGGAGCAGCGAAACUCCCCAGUGGCGAAACCAAAAACCGUCAGCUUGGAGGAAAUUAUUGCAGCCAAACCAGGGAAAACACCAAUCCAGCUAUUACAUGAAUAUGGUACAAAGGCUAACCUCAAUCCUGUGUAUGAAUUUGAAAAAUCUGAGGGUCAAGUACACAUGCCAGUCUUCACCUAUAAAGUCACCAUAGGUGACAUAACUGCAACAGGAGAGGGUCCCAGCAAGAAAGUUGCAAAACAUAGAGCUGCAGAAGCUGCACUGAACAUUUUGAAAGGCAAUUCUAAUAUCUGUAUUUCUAUGCCAGACCACUUAAUUCCUGAACCUUUCAAUCAAGCUCAGAAUCAGGCCAACCCUAUAGGAUCAUUGCAGGAGCUGGCUAUUCAGAAGGGUUGGAGACUUCCAGAGUAUUCACUGGCACAGGAGACAGGGCCGCCUCAUAAGAGAGAGUUUACCAUGACAUGCAGAAUAGAAACAUUUGUGGAAACAGGGAUGGGAACUUCUAAAAGAUUAGCCAAGCGAAAUGCUGCUGAGAAAUUACUUGAUAAAUUCCACAAUUUUUCUGGAGAUUGUAUUUCUAUUUCUUUAGGAAAUGAACAGAGUCAUAAUUUGAGGUGUACAUGGGAUACCUUAAGGAACUCUAAUGGAGAAAAAAUUGCUUUGCUGAAGAGAAGUCCCCUCAGUAUUCCCAAUACAGAUUAUGUCCAGCUUCUUGGAGAAAUUGCAGAAGAGCAAGGUUUUAAUACAACAUAUUUGAAUAUAGAGGAACUGAGUGUCAAUGGACAAUUCCAGUGUCUUGCAGAACUUUCAACCAAUCCAAUCACAGUUUGCCAUGGAACUGGAAUCUCCUGGGGCAAUGCUCACAACGAUGCUGCUCACAAUGCACUACAGUAUUUAAAGAUCAUGGCUGGAAGGAAAUAAGCUUCAAGCAAAGGGACAGAUAUAACUUAAAAGGAUAUAUGUAUCCAAGCUGAGCAGUUUCCAAAGUAUUGGGGCUGUUUUUUAAAGUCACAUCACAAAACCCAUAGAUAUAAUUAUGCAUUAUAAUGAAAUAAUUUAAAUCCAUUAUUGCAAAGUUUUCAUUUCGGGUAUAUAGACUCAGGAAUCCCAGAUACCUACAUAACUACACACAUGGAGUGAGACACAGAAUUCAGCUUUCUAGAGUCUGGUGGGUUAGAAUCUUCAGGGCCAAAGUAGACAUUGCUCUAAACCAGGGUUGGGCAGGUUAGAGUGGGAUCUACCAGUAGAUAAUUUGCAGUACAUCAGCAAGGGCUUCUGACUCAAUGGUUUUACAAUAGCGACAACAAAGAACCCCUUUUCUUCCUAAAUUAGGCUGCUGAAAUCAAGAAAAGUUGGGGGAAAUCAGGAGUGGGUUUGUGUGUAAAUUAUUUGUGUGCAAGGUCCAAUUCCGGUACUGAAAACAAAUUGCAAGGCUCAGCUUGUGCUCAAAAGAAUUCUAUGUCUUCCUCAGCCACUAUUUUGCACCCAGCUCCAGUUGGUGGGCCUCAGGGUUCUAGUGAAAAAGUAGGACCCAUAAGCCUAAAGUCUACCUUCCCCUACUUUAAACGAACAGCUGUUCCCCCAAAAAGCAGUCAUCUAUUCAGUUCCUCCCUCCUCCUGAUCUUCUAGUAUGGCAACACUUACGUCAUGACAUCACAGUGAGAAAAGAGGAAUGUUAUGACAUCGUGAUAUGAAAUUAAUUCUAUUAGGUAUUACAGAGGGGUGGGGGAGGGACAGCAACCACAUAUUUAAAACGACGUCUACUUUGGUCCUCAGAAAAUAUCCCUCCAAACGGACUUCUGAUCACUACACACUCCUUUCCCUUGAGAGCAUCCAUAUAUGCUGGCUUCCUUUUAACAAUGCAUGUCUCCUUUUACGUCUUGCAUUUCAUGACAAAAUUACAAAAUCUAAGAAGAAGGGAGUUUUGGAAUCAGAUAAACUACUGUAAUGAAAUAUGUUUGACUGAAAAGGUUUAUCUUAUGAUUAUGCUGAUUACGAUAAAUUCUUUUUCCUCCAUGGUUGCUGAAUUGAGGACAGGAUUUUGCACAGAAUGAUAGUACUGUUGUAUUUACUGUAUUCAGCUUUAGUAUCACCAAGUAGCUUUGAGCCUACAUGGCAUGCAUACUCUAAAGCUUGCAGGCUCCAUCAUGAAAACCUCUGAAUAUGGGACCUUGAAACCAAAGUUGCUGGUAUCUGAAACUCCCCAAGGAAAUUGCUGUUUGGAAAAGCUUUAUGUGAUGGCCAUGGUGUAUUAUAAAUGUUCCGGUAUUUGGAUUUCUCUCUCAGUGUGUGAACUGUGGCCUUUUUAAACCUAUGGUUUGAAGAUUGAAUUUUUAUAGAAGUAAUGACUAUUAACAUCACUGCCCUUUUUUCAUAAGGUAGAUCUAUCAGUUUCAUUAGUCAUUCUUUAAUAAAUUGUUUUAAAGAAUAA